GCGUCGUAAUUGUAAAAUAAAAUUUUCGGACGCCGGCUUUUUGCGUCCAUAGUAUUCUGUGAUCUUCAUUUGUAAAUAUGACGUCAUGAGGACAAAUGCGCAUUAUUUCCAAAUGCACAUGUUCAUUUGAAUGACAAUUAUCUUAACAUUAUUCAGAGAGGUUUUUAUCUCGACAUAUUUUGUAUUUGCUGUCUUUUUCACACUUCAUGCAAAGAAAAAAUCUUACAUGAUGUAUAGACUUUGCGAUGUUAAAAUCAUAUCGGCCAAUUCACAGGCAGUAUGAUAAUGACGUCAUAAAUCGAAGUUAGUGAUGUCUGGGUGAACGACUUCUAAUGAAUCGUGCGUGUGGAAAGGAGAAGUUGUGUGCGUUGUGUGUGUGCGUUGGUCGCUGGAUUUUGCGGUUAUUUAUCUUAUAGAGCCAUAGAGACCAUGUCUCGCUACUACCCGAACAGUCGGGGCGGCACGACGCCGCGCGGGAGCCGCGGGGGCUACUACAGCAGCUCCUACAGCCGCGGCGGCGGCUACAGUGGCAGCAGCCGCGGCGGCGGCUACAGCGGCAGCAGCCGCGUUGGCUACAGCAGCAGCGGCCGUGGUGGCUACGGUGGCAGCGGCGGCUACAGCGGCGGCGGCAGCGGCGGGUACUACGACAGUCGCUCGGCCGGCGGCGCCAGCAGCGGCGGCACCGGCCGCUACUACCCGGCCCGGGACCGACGCGACGCCGGCACCGGCGGCUCCCACCGGGAGCGUCUGGAGAUCGCCCAGAAGCUGGUGGACACGCUGAUCUCGAGCGGCGGCACCGCCGGCGGCGUGCGGCGGCCCAGCGACCACUACUCGGCCGCCGGCGAGCCCCCCUACAAGCGGCCCAGGGACGACCUGUAUGACCGGGAUCGCUCGAGCUCGACCCGUAGCCGGCACGCCGACUACCUCUACAACCGCCGGGACGACUACGCCGACCGACGGCCGCGCGACGACUACCACGCGCCGACGCGGCGUCCGUUCCGCGCGCGCGGCUACGCGCCCCGCCGCGGCACGGGCUAUGUGCCGCGCGGCGGCGGACCGCCCCGCCGCCAGCACGACGACUCCAGGGACCGUUCGUUCGGCAGUCGCAAGGAUGCUGCGGUUUUUGGAAAACACGGGAGCGGCGCGCACCUGGUGACCAAGUGUCCGCACUGCCACGCCCGCUGCGCCACGUUCGCCGACUUCCGUAAGCACCAGCUGGGCCGCGAGCACAUGGCCGCCAUGCGCCGGCUGCUGAUGAAGGUGCGCGCCGAGCUCGGCAAGAUGCGGCUGGCGCAGCGCGAGGAGCAGAAGAAACUCGAGGCGGCCGAGAUCGAAAAGGACCCCGAGUUUGAGAACCAGCAGACCCAGUUCUGCACCCUCUGCCGGCUCCAGUACAGGGAGAUCGAGGGCGUGAUCCACAGCGAGACCGAGUGGCACCGCAAGCAGCACACCUACUCGAACCCCUCGUGCAAGACGUGCAACAUGAACUUCCCGGCGCGGAUCGCCUACGAGAAACACCUGGGCACCUUCACCCACAUCCAGAAAACGAACCAGUCUGAGCGCCGCGCCGAGCGCCGCGACGCGGCCGAGUUCCAGAAGGGCGGCUUCAUGACGCUGGACUCUGUGGGCGAUGUGGACGAGGAGGAGAACGCGCGCGGCCGGAACGCGUCCGCGCAGGACGACUCUGGCGAGCCCAAGACGAGCGCCACAGAGAUGCUGGCCGAGCUCGGCGAGUACGACGGAAAGCACGCCGUCGGCUCGAACCACAUGCGCAAGACUGAGGUGUACCACUGUGGCCUGUGCGACAUCUACAUCAAGAUCACGUCCAAGGUGAACGCCGUGCUCAUCAAGCACUGCAUGGGCAAGAAGCACUUUGAGAACUACCGCAAGAACCUGACGACGCUGGCCGAGCAGGAGGAGGAGGAGCGUAAGGCGGCAGAGGCCGAGGCCGAGCGCCAGAAGAAGGAGCAGCAGGAGAAGGAGGAUCAGGAGGACGCUGAGCAGCAGGACACGCCGGAGAAGACCAACGGACAAGAUGAGGGGAAGGACGCCGACGCUGCCGGGGAGGACGCGGCCGCGGCGGACGAGGGCGGCCGCGAGGAGCCGCCAGCGGGCCGCGGUGAGGACGCCUCCUGGGAGCAGAUGGACGACAACUUCCUGCUGGGCGACGACCAGGAGGAGGAGACGGGCUCUGAGAAACGCACCGUCGGCGUCACCGAGUAGCGCGCCGACGGCAGUCGGCGCGGAGAGAAAUGAGGAGAGGACGGGAGUGUGCGGGGGACGAGCAGGGAAGGUGUGAGGAGAAGUAAUGAGGGACUGAUGUGCGGAGGAAGUGUUGGAGGACAGGUUUCGCGGUGGAGUGGCGGCGCGGCUGACCACUGGUCGCCGCCGAGGAGAGGGGAGUCGGCUGACCGUCGCGGCGGACCGCGCAGAUGCUCGACCGGACGAGCUGCGGUGUGCGCCGCGCACGGCGAACUGUAUCGGCGUCGGUGUGAGCGUGGGGACCCUGUCGGGGACGAAGCUGUGCUCCUUGCAGGGACAGAAUGGCCUCGUACCGGCACACCGCGUCGAUUGUAUAUAGACGAUCCGUGUCGGCGGUGGGCGCGUGAGCACGACCGCAGCGCCGCCAUGCGCUGAUGUGGUGGACGUGAGCACCGGACGGACGGGGGCGCGACUGCCGCAGCGCCCCGAGCUGCGGAUAGCGCCGGGGCGCGGCACGCCUCCGACCAAUGUAGCCCGGCGCAGCGACCCGAUAUCCGAGUCCCGGUAGACGCGUAGGUUUCAUUUAGAGUACAUGUUUCAGAAGACAGGGACGUUUUAGCGCUCGGACGUCCCGACGUAGCCGAAAUUGUUCGAUCAUUCUUUCAGACGUAGUUCGGUGUCAUCAAUUUUAUGUAAAUAAACGGCAAAUUGCUUA